AUGACCUGGUUUGGAGCUAUUUUUCGCGGAUCCGUGUUCAUCUAUGCAGUUAUCUCCGUAAUACACUGUAUGAACAUCAAGAAUACCAAAAAUACGAUUCGUGUCAAUACAUUAUACGGACCAUUGGAAAUACGAAGGAACAUACGGACCAUACAUGACGUAAAAUGUGGCUUGUCCAAUCUAGGUUACCGUGGAAACAUAAAACUAUACAGCAAUCGCAGACAACUGUUUGAUAAUGAAGUCUAUUCAGAGUCUGAACACUCUAACAUAGCAAUGUGUAUUGAAAUGCGAGGAGGUAUGAGGAUUUCGAUCGAAACAAUGACGGGGAAAAGUGUACAAAUAGAGGCGACAGAAAAUGAAACAGUCCUUGACGUCAAAAAGAAGUUGAGUGAAAAACAAAAUAUACCAUUGGAACAACAAAGAAUGAUAUAUAAUGGGAAAUUACUUGAAGAUAACAAAACACUUGCUGAAUAUAAUAUAAAGAAUAAUGCUGUGAUACAACUAGUGUUACGCCUUAGAGGUGGAGUGACUAGUGGGACACUCCAUUCAAUAGUUAAAUGA